AUAUGACCACAGUAAGGAUGGCUAAGCCAGUGGAUUCGCCGAGUGCCUCACAUCCAAUGCGCCAGGGCUCAUGCAAAACUGCGGUGGUCACAGUAGAGACUCGGGACGACAGGGUGAGCACCGCAGUCGGGUCGAUAUCGUUCGACUGGGCCACGCCUCAUCACUUGGUGGUUGACGACUGUAGGAUUACAUUAAGCGGCCCGUUCCGAGUGACCGUCCAAGACAAGAGUGACCUCAGCCGAGCUCGGGUUGAUCCUCAUUUCGCUCAGUGGGUCGAGACUGGCAUUCGCAGCAUUGAUAUUGAUAUAUGUGAAGGCCCUGAGGACUUCUUCGACGGUCUGCAUUCGUUCCUGGUAUACGCUGGUGGUCGUUAUCGCGUGCCAUGGGACUCCUGUGGGUCUGUUGGGAGCAACCUUUUUGACCACCUCUGCGAUGCUUUGGAUACUGUGUUCCUGCAAAUCGCAGACAAGGCAGCCUGCUGUGUGUUCAAGUGGGUCGAUAGAGUGGCAGAAGCGUUUGGUGCUGAUGAUCCUAACGCGAUAGCCGUUCCCAGUUCUCCUGUCUGGUCUGUUGGCACCGACACUAAGCAGGAGGUUGGGACGACAACAAGCAGCAGCUCUACCUUUGGCACGCAGUGUGGUGACGAUGAGGAGGAUGUUGUUCUGGUGGAGAGAAGAGAGUCCACACCGACAUUGGCCGACUCGGAGUUCUGGCAAGACUGUGCAAUGCCGGAAGCUCUUAUCAUCAGCAAUGCUGUCAUCUCCGAUGAAAGAGAGGGAGCUGACGGGACCCCUGACACUACUUCAAGUGAAGCGAAGGAUGACGUUAGAGACGUCGUGGCACGAGUGAUCGGUGUGGGUUUGAUGGGAGCCCCCAUGGAGGUGGCGACAGGUGGAGAAGAUUUUGAUGGUGUUAUGGUUGAGUGUGAUACCAUCAGCGAGUUUUGUGAGGUUGGAUCAGAGGACUGUCACACUGACGGCGACUCGGAUUGCGAGUCGUGGGUCGCCUUGUAACGCGGUGGAUUAUGCUGUAGGACCCUUUUGAGAAGGGCUGGCUGUCUAGUAUAGAUGAGCAGGACGGUCUAAGUCUUGUUCUAUUAAGGACGAUUAAUUUGU